AUAGAGAAAAAAAAUGGUGGGAAUAAAUAUCAGGCUCCGGUUGGAAAAUUUCAUUGUCGAUGCUCACCAACAGGAUAUACUGGGAAAUUAUUUUGACACACUGCGGCGUCAGGACGAUGUGAAUAACCCAUGCGCUAUGUUGCAUCGUAUCCAAGCCUUCCUCACCACCUCUCCUCCCAUGUUUGGUCAACUCGAGCGUCAAUUGGUGGAUUUUGAUUUUGAUGUCAGUCGGGCCACUCUCCAGCGCAUCACUGACGACUGUGUUAACGUUGGUGGGGGCAGAGUGAUUCCUAGAUUCUUGCAAUUGGCGCGCGUUCUUGAAAGUCGCGACCACCCCUUGUGCCUUGCCUUGCUGUCGGUGGUGAAGGACGAAUACACUCUUCUUGUAGCAGCCUUGGCCCAAAUUGCUGCGAUGGAAGAAGAGCUGGCGGGGCACCACAUUAGCCGGAGAGAAUGGCGCCAGCGAAUGCAAAGGCGGAGGAAUGAUUAGCUCACUCCGUCGUCCGUCGUACUUCCGGCCGGCCGGCCGGCAUUGUCUGUGUUGCAGAAUGUGGCUUUGUUUUGCUUUUGGGGAUCGAUUUCAGUUUCCUUUAUGUUUGAGGUUUUGCAAUUUUCAUAUGGAUAUCAAUUUACAAAUAAUAAACCAUGAACUUGCUGUGGCUACUGGGUUCAAUUCGGGAUGAUCAUUGUCUAUUUUGCGACGUUUUGCAAAAUCGUAUCGCGUAGGUGGUCUUACUAUGAUAUGAAACGGUUGAGACACAGUUAAACCGCGAUUUUAACAAAAUACGGGUAAGAGC